AUGCCUCAUAAGAUAGGCUUCACUGUGAUCAGCUGGUCUGGUCAUGAAGGAAACUACAAUGCCAAAAAGCUGAUGGUCCACGCGCCCACAGUCAAUGGCUGGAGAUCCACCAGGUUCUGUCCAUUUCCUCAGGAAAUCAUAUUGCAGUUGGUCGAGAGAUGUCGCAUCCGGAAACUCCAGCUACUGGCCCAUCAGUACCUGAUUCCUUCCAAGAUCGAGUUCCACAUAGGAGACAGACUGCCGGAGUCCAGCUCGCCCCAGCAGACUCACAGUCUUCACAGAUUGGGGUAUGUGUCCCUCUCUGACAACGAGAAGACGGCUUUCAGAGCCAGAGAGCUGAAGUCUGUUCAUGUUGAUGCUGUUGGGUCUUACUUGAAGCUCACUUUUCACAGAAACCAUGUUAAUCAAUACAACAUCCACAAUCAGGUUGCCUUGGUGGCCCUAAAUAUCUUGGGUGACCCUGUGGAUGGAAAUGACACUGGGACGGCACUAAGCAGAGAUCAGCUGAUCGAUCAGUACCUAAACAGCAGCCAAUACAGCUCAGCUUUGGAUGGCACAUACACUGGGCUCUCAAGUUAUAAAUGCGAUUCUAUCUCGCCACUCGAUGACUUGGCGUUUGACAUGUAUCAGGACCCUGAGGUGGCCCAUAUCAUUCGUCUGCUGGACCAGAAAAAACAGGACAUGGUUCGAGAGGAAAGAUUUGAUCUGGCCAAAAAACUCAAACAAGCUAUCGCAGACCUGCAGAAGGUGGGUGAGCGUUUGGGCCGGUAUGAUGUGGAGAAACACAGUGCCAUAGAACGAGAGGACUAUGACACAGCCAAACAGAAAAAGGAACAAAUGGAAGCUUACAGGCUCACAGUCUACCAUCAGCUGGAGCUCCAUGACCUGUUAGACAUCAGUCAGAUCCACAGAACGUCUGAGCUUUCCAUCUCAGAUUUUUCCUCUCCACGUGUUGGGACACAGAAAGACACGCCACAUCCAGCAGACUCACCCAGAAAGAGAAGACAGAGGCAACAUGUGAAGGAGACAGACGAGCAUGCCAUUUCAAAAACUGCUAGCCCCAAACAUACAGUCGCCUUAACACCUCUCACUCCUCCUCACGUCCCCAAGCUCGAUAUUAGUUCCCUUCCUUAUGAUGAGAGGCCUUUACCAGCACUUAAAAAGAGGUCGAGUGAUCAGCCAAUCAGCGAGCUUGAUAAAAUACACCCUGUGACAGGUACAACCACCCCACGUAGUCCUGGAGCCUCGGGACAACCAGAACCGCUCACAGAGAAAGCUCAGAGAGAGGCCAGUCUGUCCAUCGACAUCUUUGAGACAAUCUGGUGAGACACCCAUUACAGCUUCCAAUUGGUGGCAGGGGCCUAUUCCAAGACGUGGUCCUACAGGGAAGAUGCUUUGCUGGUGGUCUACAAGAAACUGCUGGAGGUUCCACCUGGAACCCCGAAAGCAGAACUGCGGAGCAUGACGAAAGCAGCAGUGUUUCUCUGCAAGAAAGCUCUCACAGAUAAAGUGUCAUCUGUGUUUCUUGCAUCUCUGAAUCUGCUUGUGAUUCUGAGUGAGUUUACUAACCAUCAGCUAGGCAAAUCUGAAAUCAAUCACUGUGUGGAACAGACUUGGAAUAAUCUGCUGUCCAGGACUGGAGAAUCAACCCCGAGAUUGAGAACACUCGCUAUUACCUUCAUACAGGAAAUGGCUUUGUUUAAGGAGGUGAGAGCUCUGCAGAUGGUUCCUGUGGAGCUUGUGAGGCCCAUGCAGAGCACUGUACCCACUAGACUGGCUCUGAGCAGGCUGGAACUGUUGGAGAAGCUUCUAGAACAGCUGGGCACCAAGGACUCUGGCUUCACCCUCGACAACAUCAUGCGGUUUCUGGCAGGUGGAUUGGAGCACAGCGCUGCCUCGGUGCGAGAACUUUCUGUGAGAGUCGUCCAGGCUAUGUACCGUCUUCAUGGAAAAGCAGUAUUGAAUUUUCUGCCACCCGAUGACACCAGCACACGUAAAAAUGUCCUCUACAAGAACCUUUUUGACUCACUCGCCGCGAUAGAUGGAAACGCCAUCGACACGCAGAAGCCAAAAAAAGGAGCAGAAAAAGAAGAUGGUGAGAAAGAAAAAGAGGAAAUCAGAAGCUUGCAAGAGCAGCUUGCAGUACUGAAGGAGAUCAGCGAGAAAGGGAAGGAAAAUACCAAAGUACCUGAGAAAAAAGCUGAGAAGUCAGUCAAAUCAGCAGGUGUUAAGAAGGUAAACCAGUCUGUUCCUGCCGAUGCAAAAGGAAGCCAACCAUCUGUAGCUAACUACUUAGACAACCUCUGUGUAUUUUCUGUGGAGAGAGAUGAGUCGUUUACAGAGGAUGGGCUCGACCUGCACUAUUGGAAACAUUGCCCGAUGCUGCAGCGCUGUCUUCAGUGCAGACAGGUGGUGGAGAUUGCGAGCCUGACGGAGCACUUGCUGACUGAAUGUGAGCGGAGGGCGGAUUUCACCCAGUGUCCUCUCUGCUCCGAAGCGCUCACUCGACAUAAGCUGACUGAGCAUGCUCGAAGCGCAGCUUGCAAUCCACCAACUUCUGUAGAAAACUGCAAUCAUUGUCCUCUCUGCCAUGAAAACUUUGCCUCAGGGGAAGAGGGCUGGAAGUCUCACCUCAUGGGAAUCGAGGGUUGUAAACAGAACUCACGGAGGAGAGCGGUACAACAGAGCAGACCCCCUCACGCACAAGGUAAGACGACAACAAUCACAUCCGAGUCCAAGCCUCGAGGUCUGGGCAGAGGCAGUCGCAUCCCUGCUCCAGCUUCCAGGAUCAACAGACGCACCAGAAUUCUUCCAGGCAAGGCCUCCAGUCACCGACUACAACAGGCAUAGCUACAUGCUACCUCUAGUAGCUUUGCUAAAAUAAUCAAAAAAAAAACUCACACAAAUCUACUUUAUAUCAGGUUUCAAAUGAUGCAUUAUUGCUGUACUGAUUUAGAAAUAAAUCUAGACAGCAUCAUUAUUGUCUUUGACACCUGAUAUAAAAUGUACCCAUUAAUGAAUGUAAAAGAUCAAAAAUGUGCGUGCGAACAAAAAUACUUGAACUGAAACACAUUUAUGACCAGAUACGCAGUCUGUAUUUUGCUGUUUACCUUUUCAGGUGGAUCACCUGGAUUUUUUUUGUAAUCUAUUUGAGAAUUUUUAUACUUGUUUGUUUAGUGUGUGUGUGUGCGCGUGUGUGAGGUGUAUGUGAAUAUUUUGUGAUUGUAGCACUUUGACAUUUAAUGGUUUUUAAAACAUUGUUAGCAUCAUAGCCAAACGUAAAAUUUAGUCUUUGAAAAGAACGCAAACAUUCUGUUCAAGAGAUUUGAACCUUGUAUCUGAUUCAGAUGCUUAAGUUUCCUGCACCACCCACCUUGCAAAAUUUGGAUAACAAAAAAAAAAAUGUUUCUUGGAAAGGGCAAGGGCUAAUAGUAGUCAUAGACCUGCCUUGGUGCUUCUCAGAAAAUCGAGACCUGGAACAGAGAUGUUGCCAAUAUGAGAGGCCACUGCUGAGAGAAUAAAGAGCCAUAAGGGAUGAUGAUGCUCUUAGACUAUUAUUUCGUAUGUUUGGUCUUUGCAUUUGCUUCAGUAUUAGAGAAACUCUCGGCACGUAAAUGGUUUUGUCUAGUGCGUGAUGUGUUAAAUCGCUGGGUAUCAUCGGCAUUAAACUGUGCUGUUCUGUUGGAUUGUGCUUUAGUUCAGUUGUGCUUAUAAAAUCAUUGAGACCGAAGAGAAGAAAUAACAUAAAGGCAGUUUGAGUCUGAUCCUAUGCCUGAAAAUAAGCCAUAAUGUCCCAUUUUAAAGUAUUUGCACACAGAGAAGACUGAAUAUAGGUAUGUCGUCAUAGUUUUCCUAUUAUGUGAGACAUGAUAAGCAAGGGAAUUUUCAAGGCACAACCCCAAUAGGCAUAAUGCAUUGUUAAGAGCUUCUACAGCUCAAUUCUGAGGCAUGCAUUAUAUAACUGACAUGAAUCAACUCUUACUCACAUGAUUCACUGGUGUGGCAUUACUGCGAUGUCUAAUUAAUUAUUACUAUCAUUAUUAAUUUAAAUAAAUCAGCCUAAACAAUUAUUUUAGAGUGCAGAGAGUGAUCCAAAACUUAACUUUUUCGCAUCAAAUCCUGACACAUACCCAAUAGUAUUAAUUUUUCAGUCAAAAGUAUAACUGUAUAGUAUAUAGAUAAUAUAUAGAUGAUAAUGAUAUCAUAUAUUGCUUUAUUUUGUGGAGUAGAACUUUUUUUGUGUUUGCUUUCAUUUGGAUUUAUUUUAAUUAUAGUAUAAUUACGAAGUCAUAUCAUAGUAACCUGGAGGAGGAGGUAGCUGGAAAUGUUGCACUACUGUGUGCUGGCAGUUCUCAAGGCCACGAUUGCAGGGUUUUUUUUAUAGGUACAGUCUUAGUCUGGCCACUUUCCAUUUUCCUCAGGUGUACAAUUGACAAAAUAUUUGUCCGUACAGAGUAAGUGUUUGCUCCUAGACAUUAUGAAACAAGAUUUUAAAUAUUUUUCUGAUUGUAAAUUGAAUUGUCAUGACACAUUAAUUCUGUGCCCAUCAUCUGUAUGUGCAUCGAUAUCAACAGAAGCUAAUUUCUGCUUUAAAGCUGUUUUAAUAAAUGUAUUUGGGUAAAGUCA